AAGAGCUGCUACGGAUUUUCAACUUGUUAUAGAGUAUUGAACUAUCUAAGUUUAGUUAGUAACAAUUGUAAGACUCAUAAGCAAGUCCGUUCCCUUCCCUCAUAUUUAACGUGUAUGUUUCUAGGAAUCUACCAACAUCUACCAACAAGAAGAUGAACGCAAUUGAAAGAGACAUGCAUGAUUCAAUUGAGGGUAUCAUCAAAAAACGAGAGAAAGCCUUGGAGAAUGGUGAAACCUCCGAUGCAGAUUUAUUAAGCAUACUUUUGGAAUCAAAUCGCAAGGAAAUCAAGGGACAUGGAAACAGUAGGAGUGUUGGAAUGACCAAACAAGAGGUUAUUGAGGAAUGCAAAACAUUCUACUUGGCAGGGCAAGAGACCACUUCAACUCUGCUGGUUUGGACAAUGAUCUUAUUGGGUAGGUUUCCUGAAUGGCAAGCAAAAGCAAGGCAAGAGGUUCUUCAAGUAUUUGGAAAUCAAAAUCCAAAUUUUGAAGGGUUAAGUCAGCUUAAAAUUGUUACUAUGAUUCUAUAUGAGGUUCUAAGGUUAUACCCUCCAGCAAUUUUCUUUAGUCGCACUCUUCAAAAGGACAUGAAACUUGAAAACCUAUCACUACCUGCAGGAGUAAACAUUACCAUGCCAAUAUUUUUGAUUCACCUUGAUGCUGACAUCUGGGGUGAUGAUGCCAAGGAGUUCAAACCUGAAAGGUUCUCUGAAGGAAUUGCUAAGGUCACAAAAGGCCAAGUUUCAUUUUUCCCAUUUGGAUGGGGUCCUAGAAUAUGUAUUGGCCAAAACUUUGCCUUAUUGGAAGUCAAGAUAGGGUUAUCAUUGCUUCUGCAAAAUUUCUCAUUUGAGCUUUCUCCAUCCUAUGCUCAUGCUCCAACGAUUAUUCUCACUUUGCAGCCAAAACACGGGGCACACAUUGUUUUGCAUCAACUAUAAUGUUAUUCAUAUAUUUUACCCCAAAGGUCGAGGAUUCAAAUCUUGGAAAUUGUCUCAUUGCUUGAGGGGUAAGGCUAUGCAUAUCUACUAUUUUCAUCCUCACUAGCUUGGUUUAGUGUUUUGCAUUAGAUUGUUCUUUUGUAAUAUCAAUCAUAUCUUGUACAUGGAUUGAAAACUAUCCUUUAAGCAUCUUGUAAUGCAUGUAUGUUUGACUAUAUACUAUCUGGUGAAAGAAGAUAAAUUGUGUUAGUAACCCAAAUUUCACUACUAAUCACACCACUACUAGAUCCAAAGCCAGGCGCACAUCCAUUCCUCCAAUGUCUCAACUACUGUAUGUAAUGUAUUUUGUUUUUUAAAUUACCACGUGGAUGGUUUUCUUUUUGGAGCCAUUAAAGGUUCUUUAUUUUAGAAAGGGAUUGUACUUCCUUGAGACAAUUAUCAAUGAAGGAAGUAUUUCUUUUCUUAUAUUCAA